GGCCCAGGGAGGGGAGGGGACCUCUUCCCAGAGGCAAAAGACAGCGUCCAUAGUUUCAGUUCCAAGCAACUGGUGGCAACAGGUUAGCAUUUAAGAUGGCAGGGACAGCACGCCAUGACCGGGAGAUGGCCAUGCAGGCCAAGAAAAAGCUCACCACGGCCACCGACCCCAUCGAAAGACUCCGGCUGCAGUGCCUGGCCAGGGGCUCUGCGGGCAUCAAAGGACUUGGCAGAGUGUUCCGAAUCAUGGAUGACAAUAACAACCGAAGUCUCGAUUUCAAAGAAUUCGUGAAAGGGCUAAACGAUUAUGCCGUGGUCAUGGAGAAGGAAGAGGCAGAAGAGCUUUUCCGGAGGUUUGAUAAGGAUGGAAACGGGACCAUUGACUUCAAUGAGUUUCUUCUCACCUUAAGGCCUCCAAUGUCCAGAGCCAGAAAAGAGGUAAUUAUGCAAGCUUUUAGAAAGCUAGACAAGACCGGAGACGGUGUCAUAACAAUUGAAGACCUCCGUGGGGUAUACAACGCCAAACACCACCCCAAGUACCAGAACGGAGAAUGGACCGAGGAGCAAGUAUUCAGGAAGUUUCUGGAUAACUUUGACUCGCCCUACGACAAAGACGGACUGGUCUCAGAAGACGACUUUCUGAACUAUUACGCUGGUGUUAGUGCCUCUAUCGACACGGAUGCCUAUUUCGUUUUAAUGAUGACAACAUCCUGGAGAUUAUGACCUCUGUCUGUUAAUUAAUUCUCCUGGAAAUCGGGGACUCUUGGAGCGUGGGCUGAGUUCGAAAGAAGUCCAAGGCUAUAGAUUUUAAUAAGGUAUAAGCUAAAGUUUCUGAAAGACCUGGGAUUGUCAAGGCGAUGGAACUUCACUCGUCUUACUUAACUACCGGGAAUGUGUUCAUUUCCUGAAAUGCCUGAAGAUAUAUGUUUAAAUCAUAAAGAAAUACAAAAGAAGGAAGGAAGGGAGGGAGGGAGAGGACCAUGAAGUGAGGCUGGGAGGUAGUUCUCAGGUGAAACAACAGACUUCUCAUUAGAGCCUUCCUCUUACCAGGUGCAAACACAGCUGCUUCCCUGCACCUCCCCUUUACUUGCUGCCCUGGGGGCCUGUAGCAGGAGGUGCUCAUAAAAAUACUGGAGGGACGUUUGACUGUAAAAUGUCCUGAGCUUACUUAUUUUAAUGUUUCUCUUAGUGAAUACUUCAUAAAUAAAAUUGAUUUUAUUCUAAAAUGUAAUGACUUUGGGGCUUCUUUUGUAUUAUAAUUCAGGGACUUGUAAACUCCGUCAAUCCCCAGGCUCGCAUGAAGAGCGGACAGAGGGCAGCUGGAGAGGAAAGGAGGGUGAGGGAGCCCGGUGGGGGGGGCCCGCUGGAC